AUGGAGUCUACAAGCACUGGCUUGGACUUAGAAAAGGAGCUGACGUGCUCUAUCUGCACGGAGCUCCUUUACCAGCCUUUGACUCUCCUUGAUUGUCUUCACACAUUUUGCGGUGCUUGUUUGAAGGAAUGGUUUACUUUCCAGGCCGCGACGGCCGAGCGGUCACCGAACCCACCUGCUCCCGGUACCAAUAUCUUUACAUGCCCAUCGUGUCGGGCUACUGUACGAACCACUCAACAUAAUGCUACCGUUGUCACUCUUUUGGAUAUGUUCAUCGCCGCAAACCCUGGCAAGGACCGCUCGGCGACAGAAAAGGAGGAAAUGGCGAAGAAGUACAAGCCGGGCGAUCAAGUCCUACCAACAAUUAAUACACGCCGGACGGCUGAGGAGCGACGUGCCGACGCUGAGGAAAGGAGAUUAGUAGAAGAGGCCAGAGAGUUGAGCUUACAAGAGGCUGGAGUUUCUUCAGGGCCGCCGAGGACACGGAGACGACGAGAAAGUCGUUCUGCAGACGAUAGAAGAAGAUCAAGCAGGGACAGGGAACGGGAACGAGACCGGAGCUUGGAUGGCCGCCACCAACGAGGGAACCGGCGUCCUCGGAUGGAUGAUGGAGGCCGACAUAGCUCUGAUCAACUGCAAGUGGAAGGGGAGCGUCGACGACGGCGGAGCGAGUCAAGGCAGCGUCAGAUCGAGCACCAGUCAUCAAUCCGAUCGCUAAUCAGUUCUGGCGAUAUGAGUGAGAGGGAUAUUGAGCGAGAGAUAGAGUCGUUUGCAAGACAGAUUCAGGAAGAAGGGCUCCUCGACGGACUCGACUUGGAUAAUAUCGAUUUGAGUCGCGAUGAUGAGCUUAGUAGGAGGAUUACUGAAGCAUAUAGGCGGCGACAGAGAGAUCGAACACGCCAAGAAGCACGGAGAAACAACUCGAACAACUAUCCUCCGUUAACACGGCCUGCCGAAAACUCAGUGACAGAUACUCGCAUGUUGGCACCGGAAGGAGGCCGGACGAGAGAAAGAUCCCGGCCACAUUCGAGGUCUGCGAGUGCCGCAAGUGGCACCAGCGCUGCCAGCCAGACCGAGGAACGAAGUCGCCCGUCAACAAAUGCAGCACCAGCAAGUCUCGAGGUUCAGGAACCAGUCCGAAGACCCAGACGAAGGACUGCAAGCGGGGGCCGUAGCUCGACAACCCCGGUGUUCCCGACUACCAAUACAACUGACCAUAGGCCCGCUGCUCGGUCAUCCACUGAUCUCGGGUCAAGAUCCCAAACUACUGAUCCUACUCAGUCCCGACCUACCUUUGGAGAGGGACGCAGCACGAGUACCCCUAUCCACACCCCACCGUUUCCAAACCCCACAGAAGCUGCAUCAUCGAGCAGCAACACUGGCAAUCUCUCCUUCGCGAAUCGGCAAGGAAACGCGGCGACUGCAUCAGUUGCUCCAUUGUUCUCUCAUCAUGAUCCAGCCGCCACUCGCUCGAACAGGCCUCGCCCCGUCGAUCUGGCAAUUGUUCAUCAGACAGUAACCAGCCCGAUCAGUAGCCCAACAGUUUCAGGACACCAGAGGACAAGAUCGCAACUCUACCCAGAGCCUUCUGUCAGUUGCUCUCGAUGCAACAGGGCACACAUUGAAUACGAGCUUCAUUACAACUGCUCGAUUUGUGCUAAUGGACAAUGGAAUAUGUGUCUCGAUUGUUAUCGAGCUGGAAAGGGUUGCCUCUAUUGGUUCGGAUUUGGCUACGGUGCCUGGUCAAAGUGGGAGAAGACGCGGCAACAGCAGGGGGAUCCCUCCCUAGCAAAGCCGCAUAUGUUAACCGCGAGUCGCUACCGCCCUCCUCGCUCAGCUCCUGGGGGAGCUGAUGGACGAAAAACACUCACAACCGACGAUCCCAGGCACCGAUUAGAAAGUGGCACCUUCUGCGCCAAUUGCUCGGCUUGGACAAACGAAUGUUACUGGCGAUGCAACAUAUGCAAUGAAGGUGACUGGGGCUUUUGUAACGACUGUGUGAACCAGGGAAGAUCGUGCACACAUACUCUACUACCUCUGGCUCAUGAAGCUAGCCAGCCAGCCCAAAGCAGGUCUGGUAGUCCUCCUAGGUCACCAGGUCGGCCAACGGCCGCCACGAUAUUCAAAGGUCCCAAUGCAUCCAAUAUUGGACCUUUCAAGCCCCUGACAUUCACCACACGAUGCGACGUUUGCCAGGAGCCUAUUCAGCCGAACCAGGCACGAUAUCAUUGCUAUCACUGCACAAGUGCCCUAGUCUCAGACGCUGCAUCGGGCGAUUACGACAUAUGCUCCUCCUGCUAUGGCAAUCUGGUAACACAGCGACAAAUAAGCCCUGAGAACGGCCACUCUGGGUGGAGGCGGUGUUUGAAUGGUCACAGAAUGGUAGUUGUUGCGUUUACAGAUGGGAAGAUUGGAUUAUGGAGAUAUGUCGCCCAAGACCUUGUGGGUGGUCGGGGACUUAAGUCAGAAGCGCCAGAAAAGCCAGAACACCGCGAGCAAGGACUCCUGAAAUGGGUUUGGCACGACAAUGACCAGGAGUUCGCCCGGCUUGUUACAAGAGAUGUACCGGAAACAGCACCAAGUGAGAGCGGAUUUACUCAGAACUUCCCUCCUGACGGCGGAGUUGGAAUGAAAGCGACGGCGAGGUUUGGAUGGUACCCCAAAGAAGGGGCCGACGACGAGCUUCUUUUUCCACGAGGAGCAGAAAUUAAAGAGAUUGAAGACGUCAACGGAGAAUGGUUCUUUGGGGCAUAUAUGGGUUCUCGGGGGUUAUUCCCAGCACCAAACAUGUUUCGUCCCACUGCCAGAAGGCUUGCCGCCACUACGGCCAAAGCUGCUGCAGCUCCCACUUCCCAUACGCUCAACGUCUCUCGAGCUCAAGGUGUCUCCCGAGGUUUGACUGGAGCCAUCGGAAACACUCCUCUCAUCCGUCUCAAUCGCCUCUCCGACGAGACCGGCUGCGAGGUCUUGGGCAAGGCCGAAUUCAUGAACCCUGGUGGUUCCGUCAAGGACCGCGCUGCUCUCUAUGUCGUCAAGGACGCCGAGGAGCGUGGACUCCUUAAGCCCGGUGGUACCGUUGUCGAGGGCACUGCUGGAAACACCGGCAUUGGCCUAGCCCACGUCUGCCGAUCCCGCGGCUAUAAGCUUGUUAUCUACAUGCCCAACACCCAGUCCCAGGGAAAGAUCGAUCUUCUACGACUCCUUGGAGCUGAGGUCUACCCUGUUCCCGCUGUCGCUUUCGACAACCCCGAAAACUACAACCACCAGGCCCGCCGUCACGCCGAACGAUUAGACAAUGCUGUCUGGACGAACCAGUUCGAUAACACAGCUAACCGUCGUGCGCACAUCGAGACAACAGGCCCUGAGAUUUGGGCGCAGACGGAUGGAAAGGUCGACGCUUUCACAUGCGCCACUGGUACUGCUGGUACUUUGGCCGGUAUUACGAGGUAUCUGAAGGACGUUUCCAACGGCCGGGUUAAGAGCUUCCUCGCCGACCCUCCAGGCAGUGUCCUGCAUUCUUACGUAUCCUCCGGCGGCAAGCUUAACGAGCGCACCGGCUCCAGUAUCACCGAGGGUAUUGGACAGGGUCGUAUUACUGAUAACCUCCAGCCUGAUAUUGAUCUGGUGGAUGGUUCUCUGCAUAUUUCAGAUGAGAAGAGUAUUGAGAUGGUCUACCGUUGCUUAGACGAAGAGGGUCUUUAUCUCGGUGCCAGCUCUUCCCUUAACGUUGUUGCUGCCAAGGAGGUUGCUGAGAAACUGGGCAAGGGUCACACUGUUGUGACCGUCCUCUGCGAUGGUGCUUACAGAUAUGCCGAGCGACUGUUCUCGCGCAAGUGGUUGACUGACAAGAAGCUUUUGGGAGCUAUUCCCAAGCACCUGGAGAAGUACAUCGUUCUACCAUAG